AUGGCAGAAGUUGGAGUGGAGGCUGCAAAUACCAGCCAACGGCUGUUGGAGCGCAACCCUCUCUUGUCGUACAUUGGCGUGGAUCCGUACAUCAACAAUCAUGCACUCUUCAUCGACGUCACUGAGCGCUUAUCCCUUUUCCAGGAUUCAGGCCGGUUUGUUCUUUACCGCAACACUUCCCUCAAUGCAUCGCUGUUUGUUGCUGAUGGGUCCUUGGACAUCGUUUUCUUGGACGCGCGCCAUGACUUUGAGGCUGUAGUUGACGAUGUGGCAGCGUGGAAGCCGAAGGUUCGUCCCGGUGGCAUCUUGUCAGGCCACGACUUCAGCUGGAUGUUUCCUACGGUGGCGAUGGCUGUGUACAAAGAGACAUUCUCUUCGCCAGAACGAGUUGUGCAUCUUGCACCUGAUGGAGUAUGGCACGAAAUCACCAUACCUAUGGCUGGCGCAGGUGGGUCCCGCUUCACCCUUCGGAUUCUGAGCGACUUGAAGACAUCCUCGCCCGAAGAGGCGCUCCCCGCCACGGUGCCUGUGGACUAUGGCAGGUAUGACGUUGAAGUGGAGAGAAGAGUUCUGAGGGCCGUGUAUUGGGACGAGCCAGAUCGGCGGGUUAUCCGGAGUUCUUGGUUCAGAGGCCGGAAAGGUGCCUGGGUUCCGUACGAGGAAGAAGACGGUGAGGGCUUGGAAGAAGCCUUCCAGCGCUUGCGGACCGGCAAGGAGCAGGCUCCAUUGCUGGUUCCCGUGAACAGGGGCAAGGAUGAUGUGCGCUUUGAGGCCUUGCCACCAGAAAGUGCCGCAGAUGAAGACUCUGGUGCAAUAUCCUCCAUGCUUUUUUGGAACGCUCCAAAGCAUCAGCCCGUGGAAGGCCCCUUCCGUGCCUCAGACAUCAAGAGCGACGCUUCUUCUUCAGCAAAGGAGGCUGCAGCAUCCCACUCAGGCGACAGGUUGCAAUUCACUGCGAUUCAAGAAGCGGUUGAAAGAAGCGGAUCUCAAAAGGAAGCCGUGCAAGUGUGGCGCGGGUAUUAUGCUGUUACCGGUGAAGAUGAACGACAUGAGGAUGAUGAAGAGAAGCUGCCAGAACACGUUGAGUGCUUGACUUUCGUGGUUCACGGCAUUGGCCAGUACCAUCGUGCACAGCAAGGUGCUAACUCACAGUUCUUCAAGGAAGUGGCAAAGGUGCGCAAGCUGGCAGCACAGUACCAGCUUCAGAGAGCGAAGGAGCAGGCUCGUCAGGGACGGAUAGAGUUUCUUCCACUGGAGUGGUAUGGCCCAGUACACGUCGAGGUUGGAAUAGGCAACCGGCUGAAGAAUGUCACUCUGAACUCGGUGAGCUACCUUCGUGACUUUGCCAACUUUGCGCUGGCAGACGUGAUGGUAUAUCUGGAUGAUCAGUGGCGCGAACGCAUACAUGAUGAACUGCUGAAGAAGAUGGGUCAACUGUGGAAGCUCUUUUCUGCACGAACUCCAAAUUAUUCCGGAGAGGUUGCGGUCAUUGGCCAUUCCCUGGGCUCGGUCAUCAUGUUUGAUCUCAUCCAGAAGGGGCUGGAGAAGCUUCCGUGCGGCUUGCAUUGCUCGCCUUCCAAGGACAUGCCCCAUGGUUCCAAGACCACCAUGCUCUCCACGCCGGCCAAAGCCACCGUCGGCACACCGGGGAGUUUUGACAGGAAGGGCAUCAAGCUCCUCAAGGAGCACGUGGCCCGGGGCAACCUUGCAGCCUUAGCGAAAGGCAAGCAUUCACACGAACACCCAAUGCCGAGAUGCCUCUUCGCGGUGGGCUCCCCGCUUGGAAUGUUCUUAAGCAUACGGCUCUCACAGAACGCUCAACGAGCAUCCAGGUAUUUCCGAGGCUUGGAUGUGAGAUGGCCUCCCUCCAGUGCUGGACAAGGAUGGAGGUUCUUCAACGUGUUCCAUCCUGAUGAUCCCAUUGCGUAUCGCAUCGAACCGCUGCUGAACCCGGCCUACACCAACAUGAGCCCCAGGGUGGUCCCUCAUGCCGGGGGUCUGCGUUGGCACCAUCGAAUAGCGACCUUGUGGUCCUCAGUGGGUACGCGGCCCUGCCCUGCUGUUCAAAGGCUUGAGCAUCAUGCCCUGGUCGUCAAGCCUGAAGAUGCCUGA